CUUGACUUUCACCAACAACUAGAGGACCUUGGGCAUCUAAUAAGCACCAAAAGUAGUAUUAUUUGGUGUGAAAAUGAAUACCAAUAAGGAGACUGAUUACUCCCUUGGGGUGGAAAUGAUUCCACUUAGCAUGGGGGAAUUCUUUGAGGAAAUUGAUCAUAUACGAGAUGCCAUUCGACAAAUCGAGGAUAAUGUUGGCAGAAUAGAAAUGCUGCAUCAGCAAUCUCUUCAGGAAGUAGAUGAAUCGAACAUUGCUGCUACUACUCGUCAGUUGGAAGGAUAUACUGCCGAUACCCGUCGUUUACAAACCAGUGUUCAAUUGGCAAUCCGAUCUUUGGAAUCACAAAACAUGCAGCUGCCUCCUGAUAAUGACACAGCUACUAGAAGAACUCAAACGGAAGCUGUUAAAAAGAAGUUUAUGGAUCAAAUUCGACACUUCUUGCAGAUUGAGAAGACAUACCGCGCACAAUAUGAACAACGCAUGCGCCGUCAACUAGAAAUUGCGAACCCAAGAGCUACCGAAGAAGACUUCCAAACCGCCAUUAGCGAAGAAAACGGUGGUCAGGUCUUUGCUCAGGCUUUGUUGCGCUCUAACCGUUCUGGUGAAGCCAGAACUGCUCUUCGAGAAGUUCAGGAACGCCAUGCUGACAUCAAAAAGAUUGAGCGUACUAUUGCUGAACUUGCUCAAUUGUUUCAAGACAUGGCUACCAUGGUCCAAGAGCAAGAGCCCGCUGUUGAUAAAAUAGUUACCGACGCCGUCAACGUACGAACCAAUAUGGGUGAGGGUACACAACAUAUGGAUCGUGCUAUCAAGAGCGCCAGAGCCGCUAGAAGGAAGAAAUGGAUCUGUCUCGGUGUUUGCGUGCUUAUCGUCUGUAUUUUAGUCGCUGUUCUUUGCGGUGUUUUGAUUCCUGUUGUUGGCAAUCAUAAUAAACAUUGAUUUAUUGGUUUAGUAAUUCUUCUUCAUGCUCGUCUAUCCCAAAGUCAUGUUAAAAAUACCGCAAUCACCAUUUUACUCAGUUUACUCUCAUCUAAUAGGAGUUGUUAAGUCACCGAGCAAAUGUACGGGUGAUCGAACACCAAGUAUUUUACUCAUCCCGUUAGUGUAUUGAUAUUCUAAGUCUUUGCCCUACUUUGCCCGUUGAUUCUAACUCUUAUACUCGUUGCUGGACAUCUUUCACUCUCUAUGAUCGUCUUUUAAUGUUCAGUAUCCUCUCACUUGCGUUUAUGUUUACUUCAAUUACAUUUUUAAGUUGUUGGUUAAUUUACAUAUCGUCUUGUAUGCGCGCCCUUUCUAAUCGAUUGAUGCCUUGAAGUCGUUGAUGGGUCGAAACAACGGAGCUCGUAAAUGUAUUAUAAUGUCGCUCGUUACAAAGUCUCAACAAAGUAUAAAUAGACUAAUAGGUUCAUAGUCUUUUUAAGUUUAUAUACUUAUUUCCCUUUUCAUUUUCACUGAAUUCACUGCAUGAAUAGGUGUCUAAUUUCUGUAAGGCAUCUGUAUGCAUUAAGUGAAAAUACAAUAUCCUUUAUUAUCUAUGCUCAUCAACGAAAUAGGUAUUGAUAAAAACAGUAAAUUCAUAAGAGUUACCUUAAUAAAUUUUUAUAAAUAGUAUCAAAAGUAGUCAAUCUAAAGCUCAUCAGGAACGUCAUUGUCAUCCUUCAACAAGGAUGUCUGAAAUUGAGAUGGCGAACAAGCUGCAGGACUUUUCAUCUUUAUGUUCCGCAAUCAACGACGACUGUGGCAGAUCGAUCAGGACCGUUCCAACAGCUUUGACCGUUCAAAUAUUUAAGUGUGUUUCCACUUUGCUCUGAAAAGCUCCUAAAAGGUAUCAGCAAUUAUGUCCAAAAAAUGGAAAAAAGCACUCAUACCCUAAAUUAAUAGAAUCCUGAUAAACAUUUUCAAAGAAAAGGAUUUUGUACAGAUAGUCACCAACUUUAAGCUCUGUCUUCAUCCCUUUCAUGAACCGAUACAGAUUAUCCCAACCAUUAUGGUGCUCUUGCAAAUCUUCAAGAAGAGUAGCCUGUUCUUUAUGCAGAUUUUCCAAUUCAUCUUCUGCUGCAUCCAAGUCAGAAUGAAUACGCUCCAAGUAAGAACCUAAAGUUCAACUGUCAGAAAAAUUAACAAGGCUUCCAUACCUCCUUCAGCCGUUUUUAAUAAUGUGGCAGGAAUACUAGGACUUAGUAUUCCGAAAUCAAUUAAAGAGCGCUUCACAUUCCAAUAAAUUUCCGUUAGGUCUUUCUCAAUUUUUUUAAAGAAGCUAAAAUAAGUAGCUAUAUUUUGUUAAUAACUCAAAACAUUCUAUAAAUUUUAAACGCAAAGUUUGGUACCUUCUUCUUUAGCAAUCCGAGAAAGAUGUGUCAAAGAUGAUUCCAAGUCAUUGUGAAUUUUUUCUGAGGAAACCUUUCUUUUUAUGUUUUGAGAUUUGAGAUCCUCCCAAGAAUCCAAGGCUUCUUUCAAUGUUCCAUCAAAAUUAUCUGUUUCAUACUGAAGAGAGAUUUCAUCUAAAAGAUUCUCCAAAGCACUCAGACGUUCAUUGUACUCAUUUCUCUCAUCAAGCAAAUUGAAUAAGUCAUUCUUAAUUUCUUCUAAAUCAGUUGAGAGAACGAAUCUACUAUCUGAUUCCGGAGACUGUUUUAACGUUUGCACUGUGUUUUCGAGUUCUUUUUUCAAUUUCUCGAUUUCUGUUAUUUUCACUGAUACUGAAUCGUACUUUCUCUUUGUUUCCUUCUUCAUUACAGCACUUUGGGCUAUCCAGUCAUCCCGAAUUUUUAGGCCAUCAUUUACAAGUUGAUUAUGUUUCGUUAAAGACUGUUUAUAGACUUCGGCUUCUUUCUUGCAAGUAUUUUCACACUUAAUUAAAGACUCAUCUGAAC